AAUGCGGCACUUCUUGUGUGUUAAUAUACAAUUCCAAUGGUAAUUAUUACUGAAACAUUUUGCUUUCCAAAAUUGUUUUAUUUUACAUUUGAAAAUAAAAAGGUUCGCAAUUUAAUUAAAAUGCCCUCUUAAGAAAAAAAGAACUUCUAUUUGAAGUAGCAAUUUUUUAUGAUUGAUUCAACAAUGGAACCUGUAAUUUUAAAAGUUUAAGUGGUCUUGCUUUGAUAUUUAUAAUUCUUAUUAAAUUUAACUAUUUGAAUGUUAAACUUAGAACGACGAAAGUGGGCAAAAAUUGUUUGGAUCUGUCGAGCGGAAGGAACAGGGUGAAUAAAUUUGUUUGCAACUCCGUUAUUAAAAGCAAAGUUUUUUUCCGAACAAAGGCUGACAAUACGGUGCGCUGCGGAGUUUUAUUUUGCCGCGAGCUGCAAGGGCGGGAAUCGAUUCGCGCGGGGUGGAGCAAGAGCGAAAAAUUAGCAGCUUUUCUCAGUCGCGAUGUGGCCGUCGGUCGGGGCGGUGGUGCUGCUGCUGCUCGGCCCCCCGACGCAGCGUUGCCGCGCCGCCGCGUGUGACGUCACGCGCAACUGCUCGGCGGUGCGCCACCUGUCGCUGCCGCGCACGCUCGAGGUCGUCGACCUCACGGACGCCGGCGUCGAGACGCUGAACGCGACGCUCGAGGCGCCGCUGCUGCGUCAACUGACGCUGCGCUCGAACCGGCUGCACGCGCUGCCGCCGAUCGCAGCGCCGCGUCUCGUCUUGCUGGACGUGUCACGCAACUCGCUGCGGGUGCUGCCACCUGCGCUGCGUCUGCCGCAGCUGCGCACGCUCAACCUGAGCCGCAACGCGUUGGUGGCGCUGCCGGCGCUCUUCCUGGCCGACGCGCCGCGCCUCGCCGUCCUCGACCUUUCGCACAACGCCCUGGCCACCCUGCCGGCGCUGGGCGUGGCCAGACGCACCCUGACGCACGUGCACCUCGCGCACAACCGGCUGGUGCGCGUCGACGCCAACGUCCUGGACGGCGUCGUCGUCUCUGCGCUGCUUGAUCUCUCGCACAACGCGCUGAGACGCGUCCCGAGCGACGCCUUACGCAGGGCCGUCUUCGUGCGCAGCGUCGACCUUGCGUUCAACGCCGUUUGCCACCUUCAACCCGGUGACCUGGAUGACGUCAGGGUGGCCGCCCUGGAUCUCUCAGGCCAGUUGGAACGCGUCGACGCAAGCGCCUUCCGCUUCAUGCCCUUUCUCGUCAACGUCACGCUCACGCACAGCCCACGCUUGCGUUUCCUGCCGGCUGGUGCGUUUGACGCGUCACUGCCGCUUCUACGCAACGUCAACGUCAGCUGGAACGCGCUUCUCGCCUUCGAAGAACCUGCGUCUUGGGUGGACGUGACGCUUGACGCGACGCACAACGCGUUCGUGUGCCACUGCGUCCUGCUCUGGCUGAACGCUUCGAUGUGCGCAGACGCGUCUUGCGCGCCGCUGGUGCUGCCACUGUUUCCGGAGGAGGCCGCCGUCGCACUGGGCGCGGCAAUCGAGCUACGUUGCGUCGCGUUGGGCGCCGAACGCGUGCGUUGGCUGCGCGCGGACGGGGGCGUGGCUUCGAACGCGUCGCUGCUGCGGCUGCAGCCGGCGCGACGCAACGACAGCGGCCUGCUGACGUGCGAGGCGUCGAGCGGCGUCGGCGCGUCGCGACGCAGCGUCCAGCUCAGCGUCACCGACCCCAACGUGCGUCUGUUCGUGCUGAGCGCGAGCGCCACGUUCGUCACGCUCGCGUGGAACAUGAGCGGAAACGCGCCCUACGUGCUGCGCUGGGGCGCCGACGCGUCGCGCAUGCGCAGUGCGUCUCCCGCGUUUCCGGCCGCGCCGCGCGCACACUCGUACACGGUGCACGGCCUGCGCCCCGCCACCCCCUACUGCUUCGCGCUCACCCUCGACGCAGACGUCACGCUCGCCUCCACGUGCGUCGCCACCGACGCGGACCUCAGCGUCGGCGUUCAGCGCAGCUACGUCGCCGCCGCCGUCCUCGCGCUCGCUUUCUGCGUAGCGCUCGCCGCCUGCGUCGCCCUCUGCGUCGUCAGCGCGCGGCCUGCGCGAACCACCGUGCGCAGGGUCGAACUCAUCGAGGCCAUUGACGCUGCGUUCGUCAUCGAGUUAGACUGAAUUUCAAUUUAAUCAAACAAUUCCUAAAAUAAGUGAAAGUGGACGAUUUUUUUAUGAAUAAUCUUGAAAAAUCAAGAAUUAGUGAUUUUGAAAUUCAAAACUGAAUAUUUUGAUCGUAAUAUCAAUUUUGGUCACAAAAUUUUGUCUACUUUCACAUUAUCAAAUAAAAUUAUUUAGUGUUUUGGACUUUUAAAACCACUAUCUUUAAAUUCGUAAAGCCAACUUUAGCGCAGGUAGUGUAAAAACUAUUAAUUGUAAGUCUUUUUUGGUCUUAUUAAUAAAAAGCUUUAUAAUCACUUUUUGAUUAAAUUUUUAAUAGCUGCACGGUUGUAAAAUUUCUUUACAUUUUGCAAUUACAAGGGCAUAAAAUUUGCAUUGGCGGAUAAGCAAGGGCGCGGCGUCUGGUUUGUUUUAUGUGCGGGGGGCGCCGCCGAGGUGGUUUUCUGCCGCAUUGCUAAUUGCGCUGCUAAUUGGGUCUGCCUUUUUAACACUCAAACAAAAAUGGCUCUCGACGGCGUGCGCGCCUCUUGACUCGCCGCCGCCGAUGUACAGAUGAUGCUGUUACUGAUCGCUUUGCAGUCGAAUAACACUGAAUAAAUAAUAAAUUCAAAGAAAAAAAAGUAACACGAUUCGUGUUUGUCUCUCUCAACUCAUUUAUCUUUAAACAAAACGAUUCUCUCUUUAAGCAGCUCUAAUCUCAUAAAAAAAUGACUACUAUAAUCAACAACUUGUGACGUUUUCAUCUCAUUUCCGUUUUCAGCUCUGUUUUCACGUUGAAAGGCAACAAGGUGUUCAGCUGACCCUCGAAUAAACGAGCCUCUUUCCCGCCGGACACAAAACCAUUUAAUAUUCGCCCGCCCGGUGAUGCAAAUUUAGCACCCACGGCUUUACGCUUGUGACGUCAUCGGCAUCUUUAAAGCAUUCAUGCUCCACGAUUUUUCACCGCGAGCGCUCAAAUUAUUAACUUGUCUGGCAAUCGAUGAAGCAAAACUUUAUUCAUCACGAAAACAAAAAGCAAAUAACUUGGAAUCAAGUAAAUUCAUUAUGCUGCAGAAAUAAUGGAGAUCAUUUAGUAGAUUUAAUUAAAAUGAAGUCUUUUGCAAAAAAUCCAAGUUGGCAUUUUUUGUGUUUGCAGAAUAAAGACGAAUGAAAUUGGCCCAAAUUUUGGAAUUUGC